UGGGUGCGGACGGAGGUUGGAUCUGAAAUAGCAGAGUCAGCAGAGAGAGGGCAAUGGGGCGGGAGAGGCACGCUCUUUGAACGGCCCAUCGUAUCCAUAAAAUCGGGUCGGUGGGGAAAUAAAACCGUAAGCACCCGCGGCGCCAGGUGGAAACCGCAACGAACUCCCCCUGCCGGUGUUAAACCGGACUCGGUCUGUCGCAAGCGUUUUCGCAAAUGGGCGAUUAAAGUUGGCGAGCACACCGACCGGCCCGUGGGCGGUGGGAGUGGGGUUGUGUUCACCCAAUGUCCUAAACUGGUGUUAACGGCGGCGCUGAUGUAUCCCACCCCUGGGCCCUUCUUUAACUUAUUUUAAUCAUCCGUCCAUCCCUCCCCGGGGUUGGGACCGGCGCCGCCGCCUCUUUUUCCACCCCCUCUGUGUUUUCUCUCUCUCUCUCUCUCUUUCUGCCAAUUUCUCCUCCCUCCCGGCUCCACAAACAACCAGUCCUUUCCGUAUUAUGCCGGAUGAUGACUUUCUGAUGCCGGACAGGACGACAGACAUCAUCCUCGGCGCAAGUUGCUCGGCUCCAACCUCCGCCAGCCGGUCGGUCUCGGCACCAUCAGCCCGUGGCUUCAGUAGCCGAGAGGAUCAGCAGGAGGAGGAGAAAGAGGAGGAGGGGGGAGACAUCACCAUCACCCAGUGUCCGUACAUCCUGACCAAACCGAGUCAUCAUCAUCAUCAUCAUCCUCCUCCUCUUUCUCAGCUCCGAGGCCGCCCCCAGCCUACCAGCCCCGGGGAGGAGGAGGAGGGAGGCGGGGACAGGGACAGACUCCCCACCGAUGCCGCUCUGAAGUUUGCGGAGAGCAGCCAGCAGCACCGCGGCGGCCACAGGCUGAUGGAGUCUCCCGGUAACAUGACGACGGCUAAUGGCGGCGGCGGGGGGAUCGGGUUGUUACCGGGACUGAGCACCGGCUUUCAGCAGCAGCAGCAGCUCCACCAUCACCAGGACGGCAGCAGCGGUGGAGGUUCCGCCGGUGGUGGCAGCAGUAGCAGUAGCGGAGGGAGUAGCAGUAGUAACGGCUCCUCGCCGUCUCCGGUCGCCGCUCUCUCCGGCUUCGGCACCGCCUGGUCGCCGGCUCCUGCCGCCCAGGUCAGCACGCCAUCCGCCUCCGGAGUGGUCGCCUCUGCUGCCGCCGCCAAUACGCCGGGGCUGUCGGCCGCCGGCCCAGGAACCUGCUCCGUGCCCAGCCCCGCUGAAGACAGCUUCUUCCACGGUAUCCCUUCCAUUAACGGCACGGUCCUCUUUCAGAGUUUCGCCGGGAUGAGCCAGGGUUACGGCGGCGGAGGAGGAGGCACCAACUUCUCCCCUUUACCUCAGCAGCAGCAACAGCAGAGCCGGCGGUCUCCUGUCGGCCUUCACCAUCACCCCCAACACCAGGCCGCUUUCCCUCACCAGAGGAGCACCUACAACCACCAUCAGCCCAUAAUGAAACAGUCUCCAUGGAACAGCCACCAGAGCAGUGGCUGGAGUGCUGGAGUGUCCUGGGGAGGCAUGCAGACAAGGGAUCACCGCAGAUCUGGAGGUGUAGGAAUGCCAACAACCAUGAACCAAAUCUCUCCACUGAAGAAACCUUUUUCCAGUAAUAUUAUAGCACCGCCCAAAUUUCCUCGGUCAGCUCCAACACUGCCACCAAAAUCUUGGAUCGAAGACAAUGUUUUCAGGACGGACAACAAUAGCAACACUCUGUUACCUUUGCAGGAUCGCAAUCGUCUGUAUGACUCUCUGAACAUGCAUUCGCUUGAAAAUUCGCUUAUUGACAUAAUGAGAGCUGAACAUGAUCCACUGAAAGGUCGUUUAGGAUAUCCACAUCCAGGAACUGACAAUUUUCUAAUGAUCAAUGCAAGAAGUUAUGGGCGAAGACGAGGCCGAUCCUCGUUGUUCCCCAUAGAAGAUGGUUUUCUUGAUGAUGGACAUGGUGAUCAGACAGUCCCUGGGGUUCUGAAUUCUGUUAAUUGCUGCUCUUCUCACCAGAAUGGGGAACGAAUUGAGCGAUACUCACGUAAAGUAUUUGUUGGUGGCCUUCCCCCAGAUAUCGAUGAAGAUGAAAUUACUGCCAGUUUUCGUCGUUUUGGACCUUUGGUUGUUGAUUGGCCUCACAAGGCUGAAAGUAAAUCUUAUUUUCCACCAAAAGGUUAUGCAUUUCUUCUGUUUCAGGAGGAGAGUUCUGUCCAGGCUCUGAUUGAUGCUUGUAUUGAGGAAGAUGGAAAACUCUACCUUUGUGUUUCAAGUCCCACCAUCAAGGACAAGCCAGUCCAGAUCCGACCAUGGAAUCUAAGUGACAGUGACUUUGUAAUGGAUGGUUCACAACCUCUUGAUCCACGCAAAACCAUUUUUGUUGGCGGGGUACCUCGCCCUCUGAGAGCUGUGGAGCUAGCUAUGAUUAUGGAUCGUCUUUAUGGUGGGGUAUGUUACGCAGGGAUUGAUACUGACCCAGAGUUGAAGUACCCUAAAGGUGCAGGCCGUGUAGCCUUCUCGAAUCAGCAGAGCUAUAUAGCUGCCAUCAGUGCUCGAUUUGUUCAGCUACAGCAUGGAGAUAUUGAUAAACGGGUGGAAGUUAAGCCAUAUGUGCUAGAUGAUCAAAUGUGUGAUGAGUGCCAGGGUGCUCGAUGUGGUGGAAAAUUUGCUCCAUUUUUCUGUGCCAAUGUCACUUGUCUGCAGUAUUACUGUGAAUUUUGUUGGGCGAACAUCCACUCUCGUGCCGGCCGGGAGUUCCACAAACCACUGGUGAAGGAGGGGGCAGACCGUCCUCGACAGGUUCACUUCCGCUGGAGCUGAACGUAACAUUCAGGCACCUGAAGGAUCAUGACGGAUGAAAAGGGGAGAGUGCAUGAGGCUUAAAAAGGCUGAAGAAACCAUGAAUAGUUAGGAGAAAUAAGUGCAUUCUUCUGCCUCCUUACCCCAGCUCUCGAUGCAUACAUCAUAUAUAGCAGCUAAUACACUACAGGCCUCUGUUUGUCACCAAAACCCUGCAUCUCAGGCUUUACUAACUUUUUUGAGGUACUUUCAUGUUUUUGGAAAAAAGGAUUUUUUGUAGUUUUUUCAAGUUAUUUUUUUAUAAUAAAAAAAACCUAAAAUUAGAAGUGAGAAUGUUGCCACUUAGGGGCGCACAGUUUGCUGCUAUCUUUAAUGGGUGGAGCAUGCACUUAUUUCACAAAGCUCAGUUUCAUCUCCAAGACCUGUCCCUAGUGAUUUUACCAAAGGUAGCAAAUAGUAGGAGGCAAGUUUAGCUAUAGGCAAGUGAUUUCCGACACAAAAUUUUAUUUUUUAAUGUUGCUAUUUGCAAUGUAUACACAAACAUUUAAAAAAAGUAGGGUUACGUUUUUGCUCUCCAUUUUGACUUGCAAGAAAUAAUACCUCAAAAGACUGAUCUGGUUUAACAAUUUUAGCAUUUUUAUUAUUCUUGAGCUACAAUAGAAGCUUUGCUGCUAUAUAGGUAUAUUUAAUGCCAGAACAUGCAGUAACAAAAUGGGAUCAGAAACAUAAUUAUAGCAGCUGCAUUAGGGAAGAAUUAGAUGCAGGUAGCAAUGGCUUAGACUGCCACAGAUUAGAAUGUGAAUUUAAACAAUUGCAUGUUUAUUUGUGUACCUUAUGCAUGCACUAAAAGUAUAGUCAUACAUGUUCCUUCACAGCAACGAAUGUGAUGUCAGUUUUCGGCAAACAUUCAGAAAAAUUAGUUCGCAUGAAUGAAAAGUACAAUAAUAGCUUAAAAGAAAAAGAGGAAAAAAUAUCUAACUUGCAUGUAUUAAUGUGAUUCCUGUAACGAGAAUGUCCUACUGCUACACUUUGUGUACAUUACGCAAAAUAGCUUUUAGAGUAGGUGUGCAGCCACUAUCGUAACCUGGUGGGUUGUGGAGUUUGAUUUUUGCAGACUGGAUGUAAUCUCGUAUUCCCUGUGCAAUCUUGUUCAAUCUUGUUAAUAUGUGUGUUUUGGUUUAGUGUUGUGAAUUGCUGUCCUAAAUAUAAAUUUAAAAAGUAGCUAGAGUUCUAAAACAAAUUAGUACAUUGUAAAGAAUGGGAAAAAAGCUUUUGAUUUCAUUGCCCCUUUCAUAAAACUCUUUGGUAUACCGGCUCAGACUUCCUCUACAAACCAAAGAUGGCCAGCACACUGCUAAACAAUCACCAAACUCCAAGCCCCUCCAAAAAUGUUAUAAAAUGGUACCGAUUUCAUCACAUAAGAUGCAUGAAUUAGCAAACUAGCCAUUUUAAAGUCAAAAUGGAGAUGACUAUGGUGUUAAAUUAACCUGGUUUGACAUUAAAGCAUUGAAUUUCUCUGCAGUUUAACCACACUAGAAUGAAAAAUGUAUUGUAAGCUGCUGAAAGUUAUGCGGGUGUCAAUUAUUUAUUCAACAAAGGUGAUCAUGCCAUUACAAGCAUUUACUGUAUAGAACAACUGUAUAUAAUCCUUAGGGACAAUCUUUUUAUGUGAGCAAGAUGUUGGUCUUGAACAUUGGUGGUCUCCUGAUGUGCUUUUGUGUGUGUAGUUUAUGUCUAACUCUGCUGUUUAUAGUGAUUGUGAUGCAAAUUUUAAAAUGUUUGAAGUCAAUGCUGUUUUGAAGAAUAGCUUUUUUACUAAUUUAUUUAUUGGCUAAUGCCCCAUUUGUUACUUACCAUGGUUCUCCAGGCUAUUUGGAGCAUUCGUUCUCUGCCAAAUUUGUUCCAUUUUCAGAUACCCAUAUUGGCAUUUGUUAUGCACUACUUUUGUAUCUUGGUGAGGGUUCUUUCCAACAGUCAGCUGUUUUAGGGCACACUUUUUGACUGAUGGCAUCUCCUUUGCAAUACCUCAAUUUUCUGAAUUUAGAAAAGAAAUUGAUAGUUUUGCUAUGUUUAUUAUCGAAAGAUCUGCAUAUAUAAUUUAACUCAGCAAAUAAAUGAUUUAACAAAUUGAUAAUUUUAUUUUUCCAUACAUUUUGCUUCCUAAAUUUGGAAGGGUCUAAACGUUUAUAAACUAACACGGUAACUUUAGGAGGGCUCUUCCACGUAAAACUGUGCAGAAAGUUAAGUGCAGUAAUUUGAAAUGUCCCCAACUCCUUAAGUAAAAUUAAAGGCAUAAAAUCACCAAGAUAGUUUAAGUUGAUUUAUAUAAAAUCCUAAAUGAGCCCUUUUUAAGGGUAGGGUGGUGGUAGAAUGAUUUUUGUUUCAUCUGCUGUCAUUUCUUUCCUGAGACAACUUUAUUACUGUAGCACCUGAAUUAUUCAGCAUUGCCAUGGAGAAAAUGGCAAACACUGUAAUGCAUCUUUUUUAAAGAAAUCAUAUUUAUUUUCACUAUUUUUGUAGAAAUGUAAUUAUUUUGUUUUGAUUGUAUUAUUUUUAUAUUCUAAUAAGCUUGUUCACAUACUGUGUUCCCCGAAUGUAUGUAUUUCUGCCCAGGUGCAGGGCUCUGCAGAGAAAUUAAUUUUUUUAAAACCACGCUGUGUUUUUGCAAAAGAAAACAUAAGCAAAUAUAUUUUAUGGGAAACACUUGACAUUUUAACCCCUGUUGCAUCUGGCCAUGUGAGGCCUUUCCUCAAAGAUGCUGAAAGACUUGAAUAUAACACAUUUUGGAAGGCUGACUAACCUCGACUCUGUGUUGUGAUGUGCAAUACUGUUUCUAAUGUUUGUAAGAAAAGAAUAAGAAUAACAGUGUAAACCUUUUAAUGCAGAUUUAUUUUUUUCAUUGCAUAUUUGCAAACUAGUUAUCCACAGUCAUUUUUUUACUGUCAAAAAUUUUACCCCUUUGUCAUGCUAAUAUUUUUAAAUCCAGAGAUCUUUGUACUGAUGUAAAUGAUUGUAGUUAUUUUGGAUAGUGUUUUGCUAAAAAAAAGAUAAAAAGGAGAUACUUUUCAUGCAUAUUUGCCUAUUUUGUUCUUAUUUUAUUUUACUUUAAAAUAUGACUACUUUUUCAACUGUAGCAUGAUACUUGGAAUAAUUUUCUUAUUCAGCCAGUGUCAUUAAUAUUAUUUUGUAUUUUUAUGUGGAAAAUAUAAUUUUAUGAUGCUAAUUCCUAAAGUUUAUUUUAUGUUGAUUUAUUUUUGGAGCUAAAAUCUUUGUAAUAUUGUUAAAGUCUCUAGAUUCUAAUUAAAUGCUUGUGUAUAGAUUCAGCAGUGGUUUACAGGAGUGUUUCGGUUGUUGUUAUUAGCAACUAAUGGUUCUUGUUAUGCAAAUUAGACAGCCAUCAAUUUCUGCCAAUUCUGUUUUUUUGUACUUUAUAGGGAGAGUUGAUUAGUACUUUUGUUUGAUUUUUAAAUAAAGGAGAACCCAUGCUUUUAUGGACACAAGAUCACCUCAAGCUUGAUUUAGUUUUAGUUUCAUUUUCAACUUUUAUAUUUCUUUCGUUUGCAUAUUUCUGUUGAUGUCUAAUCCUCCAGUCUGUCUGUUGUACUGGUGAUAAUUCUGUACUGGAAUGGUUUGCUGCCAACUAUUUAUAUUAAGUAAUUUUUAAAUAUUUGUAAUUAACUGUUGACUGAAUUAA